CGACACUCUAACGUACGGUCACUGAUCCCGGGACGGACUCUCCCAGCCCGCCGUGCUCCCCCGCCGGUUGCUCCUCCGUCGACAGCCAGCAGGCUUCCUGAGGGUGCUCCACUCUUGUUAGCUCCCCGAAGAAACAGAAGAUCAGAGGAGGACAAAGUUCAGACGAUGCUCGCGCUAAAGAACAACAACCCAAUCGUGAGCAGACAAUAACAGAAAGAGGAGCAUAAUGUAGCUCAUCCUGACAUCUGUCCUGCAACAUCUUUGUUUUGGUGACUUCCUCGGCAGAGUGUAGACUGAGGGACAAAUGGAGCAGGUCGGGGAGGAUCUGAACCUCUCCUUUCUCCUGCAACAUGAACGAGACAUGAUCCUUAAGGUGCUGCAGAAAGAUGAGAAACUGAGGAAGCGAGAGGAGAAGAGGAUUCGGAAGCUGAAGAAUGAGUUGCUGGAGAUCAAACGGAAAGGGUCCCGUCGGCCCCAGGAGCCGGAGGAGCGGCAGUGCGCUCGCUGCCUGAAGGGUUUGGGCCUGAUCUUCGGCCGCGGAGAUCUCUGCAAGGAGUGCCAGCUGCGCGUCUGCGACGACUGCCGCGUCACGACUCCCAAAACGCCCCCGUGGAGAUGUAACGUGUGUGCCAAGAUCUCGGAGCUGAAGGUGGUGACAGGAGAGUGGUUCAUGGAGGAGCGGUCCAAGCGCUUCGAGCCGGGAGUGGCGAGCAGCGACAUCAUCAAACAGACAAUCAUGAGAAACCCAAUCAUCACAGACAACAAAUCGACAGAAAACCUGGCAGCCCCUCCUGAGGCGGGAAAACCCGAGACCCCGAGAAACCACAGGAGUGCAAUAAUGAACAUCGGCGCCAGGAGGAAAGCGAGGAUGAAGAUGGAUAAAAAAAAAGCCGGCCGACUGGCCUUGAAGCCGGAAAACGGAGUCGACGGUGUUGGUGUCAAACCUGUUUUGGACGCAGACGCUCAAAGCGUAAGAAGCGUUCGCUCGGCACCAAGUCCACGUUCAAACAGGGGCGGAGCCGAGGCCUUCGAGUCCUCAGGGAUGCCCACGGUACCGAACAACCUGCGUUCCCGAACCCCGGACGCUCUCAGUGACAACCGGAGGGUCAGGCCUGACGGAGCGGAGAGCGUUGCCAGCGUGAACUCCAAUGAGAGCGCGCCGGAGAAAAAAGCGACCGGCCAUCACAGGACUCAUUCGGGCACCCCGACAAUUUCUGUGUCCAGAGCCUCCGUUUCAUCAGAUCACAGCCGCUCGGAGAUGGACCUGUCAGCUCCCGGUUCCGAACACAGCGACGACGCACUCAGUCUCAGGAGCCGCUCGGUCCCCGGGCUCAACGACGAGUUUUCUAACGAGGAUGCGGAGGAAGACAUCGAUGAGCUGAUGUCAGCUCACAGCGGCAAGACUGAGAGGCGGCGCUUCAGCAACACACUGUCAAAUAGCAGCAUAAACAGCAUGAUGAGCAUGUACAGUGAGACUGGUGACUAUGGCAACGCCCGGGUGAGCGGCGAGAUCCUGCUGAACAUCAGCUACAGCUACAAAACCGGUGCUCUCAACGUGCUGGUGAAAGAGUGUCACAACCUGGCGACAGGAGAUGAGAAGAGGCAACGCACGGACACAUACGUGAAGACGUACCUGCUGCCGGAUAUGUCACGACAGAGCAAGAGGAAGACGAGCAUCAAGGCCAACACCAUUAACCCCGUUUUCAACGAGAGUCUCAGGUACGUGAUCAGCCACUCGCAGCUGGAGACUCGGACCUUGCAGGUCUCGGUGUGGCACCACGACCGGUUUGGACACAACAGCUUCCUGGGAGAGGUGGAGCUGAGCUUUGACUCCUGGGAGUUUGAUUCCCAAGUCGAGGACUGGUACUCUCUGCUUGCCAAGGCGGACAGCAAUAUCGACUCCUCCAUGCAUUAUAAAGGAGAGCUGACUGUCGUGUUGAAGUACAUACCUGCAGAGAAAAACCUCACGCUGCCGCUGGACCAAAUUAAAGGGAAAAAAAGCUUCCUGAAAAGCAAGAAGGCGAGCAGCUUCACGCUCCCUAAAGGGGGCAUGGUUGAGCUGCUGGUCAAAGGAGCCAAAAAUCUAACUGCGGUGAAGUCUGGAGGCACUUCGGAUCCUUUUGUGAAAGGAUAUCUCCUCCCUGACAGCAACAAGUCAACCAAGCACAAGACGGUGGUGGAGCGACGCACCGUGAACCCGCGGUGGAACCACACCUUCACCUACUGCGGCCUGCAGCCGGGAGACCUCAACAACGUCUGCCUGGAGCUCACCGUGUGGGACAAAGAAGCCCUGGCCAGCAACGUCUUCCUGGGAGGAGUCAGGCUGGGAGGUGGCUCAGGUACAAGCUACGGUAAUGAGGUAGACUGGAUGGACUCAUAUGGGGAGGAACAGCGGCUGUGGCAACGCAUGAUUGAAAACCCAGAAGUCCCCCAUGAGUGCGCGCUGAUGCUACGCUCGAGCAUGCGCAAGUGCAGCACAUGAGCUGGAUUGACUUACAGACAAAAGAGAGGAUACAAUCAAAGUGAGAGUAAGAUGUGAUGUGAAGGCAGGAGGAGAGACCUGGAGGAGUGGAACGGUUGAGAAAAAAAAGAAGAAAAGUGUCCAGGACUCAAAAACGCUCAUUAAAGACUAGAGACCGUCCUUCUCCCUACUUCUUUCCCCCUGAGAUGCCAUGUUCAGCCAGUCAUGCCUUACACACUCAUCCACAUGUGCCCACUCCUCGCCCUCUGAAGCAUGCUGUCUUGGACCAAGCACUGCUGUUUACCACUGGUUAUGAAAACCUUGUGUUGUAUGUCACCUACAUAAACAAAUAAGCACACGGUGGGACCCCUGAUGUGUCUUUUCUCGUCCCUGUGCUUCAUGAACCAGAGUCAUAUCUGCAUGUAGUUACAGCUGACGGGGGCCAUUUGUAAAGUGUUAGACACUGAUCAAUGAUGUAGACUUAGACAUUCCCUUGAUGAGCAACCGAGCUGCAUCUGAAGCACAUGGCGAUGCUGCGAGUCAUUCCCUUAAAAACAGAGGUGGAAAGUGACUAGUUCUUGUACGACUGUCUUCCUCAAGUAGAAGACUUUAUGAGCUUGUGGAGUACCCUCCAACAGGCUGCUCUGAUCUUGUAUGUGAGGUGAAAGUAUCCAUAAUAUACUGAAAAUGAAGCAGCAGCUAAUUUUAUGGAUUACUUUUUGAAUGAUUUGUGGAUUUCAACCCUCAAUUAUUCAUUAACAAAAGUCUCGUCCAACCAACAGUUUCCAUCCCAAAGACACUCCAUUUACAAUGAAAUGAUGGAUAAAUGAUGGAGCUGGAACCAUCAAAUGCAUUUUUAAUGGUAAUGUCUGCCAUUUUGGCCAGACUGAAUUAUCUCAACAAUAAUUUGAGGGAUUGUCAUUAAUUGAUUUUGUACAGAUAUUUAUGGUUCCCAUUCCCAGUCAAUGAAUGCUAAUGACUUUAGUGAACACGACUUUAACGCCACCAUGAGGUCGUUAUUUUAGUUUUUGAGUAAAAUAUCUUUCAUAGAUCGUCAUGACAUUUUGUACAAAGUGAAUCGUACGCUAAUAACUGAUGUCUCUUUAGCAUUUUUACCAGUUCAAAACUAAUGACAAUAUUUGUGUUUAGUGCUAAUUGGCAAAUACUAGCAGGCUAACUAGAUAAACUAACUUGGUUAGCAUAGUAAAAAUGAUAAACAUCACUAGCAUUGUUUUUGUCAGCAUGUUAGCAUGCCGAUGUUAGCAAUUAGCUCAACGCCCCACUUGGCGUAUGCACAGCGUCACAGAGCUGCUAGCAUGCCUGUAGCGGAUAAAUGACAACCAGUUUGUUAAAGUGUGAGGAACAAGAGUGCUUUACUUUCCACCUCUGGUUGUUAGGGAAAAAAAGAAUCUCGAAGGAUUACACAAUUAACUUCAAUGUAAAUUAUCAUAGCCUAACACUGUAUCAGUGGGAUAAUAUAAACUGCAUGGUGUUAGAGAAAACAGAGGUAGAAGAACAAAAGUUACGUGAAGCACUGAUAAAUAGAUAAUUUUACACUCUGAAGGGGAAGAGCAGGAACCCUGAGACAGGCUGUGUGUGAUGGAGUGAGUCAGCACUGAGGCCAGCGGCCUUCAUCUCUGGGGAGACUAAUAAUGAGGCAGUCACCUUGUCCCUGUGGCCCGGGGCUCUGCCGUCCGCCCUCCUGUGAUGAAUCACACAUUUACCAAGAACCGUUCAAAAGUUAAACUCUGAACAACCAUUUCUCAUGUUGAAUGACGAUUUUGUCGCGCUUGUACUCCGAACUCCCUGGGCACAACAGUUCCACACUGCACAAUUAUGGUAACAAUACAUGGUGUUUACUGUACAGCUUACUUUAGAUGAGAGGCUCACGCAAUACCCAAUUACUGAAGAAACUCUUGAUUGACAGCAUGUAGUAUCUGUCGUGUCCGGUUUCCCAGCAUCAAACUCACUGUAUUCAAACUUUUGGUGUCGCAAAUCUGUUAUUUUGAAAUAAACCCAUCUUUCCAUGGA